GGCCGUCGCCUCGUCUGCACUCUGCAGUCCCAUUUCCCAACCAUAACCUUCUCCCCCCAUCUUCUUCUUCUUCUUCUUCCAUUCUUCCUUCCUCCCCUGUUCUUGUACUUGAAUUCGGCGCGCGUCUGGUGUGUUAGCCAGGCCUCGCCCCAUCCGAAGUCCGACCGAAGGAGGGAGAGAGAGAGAGGCAACAAUGGCGAAGGGCGGGCUGAGCAAGCUCCGGUGCAUGAUCAAGAGGUGGCACUCGUCGAGCCGCAUCGUCUCCCGCGCCCCGUCGCCAUCAUCAGCCCACGACGGCGCCACCUCCGGCGACGCGCACUGCGCCUCGUUCCACGGCGCGGACGAGGUGCCCAAGGGCCUCCACCCGGUCUACGUCGGCAAGUCGCGCCGCCGGUACCUCGUCGCCGAGGAGCUCGUGGGCCACCCGCUAUUCCAGACCCUCGUCCACCGCACCGGCGGCACCACCGGGGGAGCGGCAGCAGGCACCGUCGUCGGCUGCGAGGUCGUCCUCUUCGAGCACCUCCUCUGGAUGCUGGAGAACGCCGACCCGCAGCCGGAGUCCCUCGACGAGCUGGUCGACUACUACGCUUGCUGAGUCAGUGCUGACUGCUCCGACUUGGAAGCCUCCCGAAUCCUCCAAGCCGCGCGCGGGGGUAAAUCAUGCAUCCUUCAGUUCUGAUGUUUUAAGUAGGGGGAGAGUAGAGGAACCGAUGUUGCAGCUCAUGGACGACGACGCUGCUCUUUUGGCUCCGUUGAUUUGGUUCGAUUGACAUGAGUUACUAGUAUAGUUUUGUUUUAUCUUCGCUACUUCGUCAUAAUAAAGAGUCUGGACGAGUGCUUCUAUGUUCGUUGAAAUGCAAAAAAAAAAUUCUG